UAAGCUGAACAAAGGCAACAACACCAACCACAAGCAAUACAUACAUUAAUAAACUGCAUAUUUGUUAGUUUGUAUGUGUAUUCUAUCUACAAUACUCAGUAUUGUAAAUAACAACAACAGGGAAAGACUCAAAGCAAAAUAAUUUUGUCUCAAUCAUCAAGAGCACAAGAGCGAAAAACGACUGCAAAUUACUUGGAUUUUUAGUGCACAAAGAGUCGUUGUUGUGAACGUAUCGGGGUUGUGUUGAUGUUUUUAAAUUUUUGUGCCGGUUUGUAGGGUGAGUUUGUGUGUGUGUGUUAUAAAAACAGUAUUUAUUUAAAGUAGAAUACACAAACCCAAAAAAUGGUAAACAUUUCCAAAUAUGAGAUUUGGGAUUAUUUCGAUAAUAUUGUUGAAGAGGGCAUAGCUGUGUGUAAGCUAUGCAAGCAGCGUUUAAAAAAUGAACGCAGUUGGCUUUUGAGAAGACACUUGAAGGAUCUGCACAAUGCCAAAAGUGAAAUAUGGAAUUAUUUUGAUAAUAUUGUUGGUGAGGGAGUGGCAAUGUGCAAAAAGUGUAAGCAACGUGUACAGAACAAUCGCAGUUCUAAUUUAACACAGCACAUGAAAUCAGCUCAUAACAUAGUGAUUAGCGAUAUCAUUGAAGUGUCUAAAAGGUCUAAAACAAGAGCUAGUCGCCCAAGAGGAAAGAGUACAGCAGCUGUCUAUAUUAGCGAUGAGGAAUCGAAAGAAGCAACAGGUCAAGUAUCUCCUGACAUAGAGGAGGCUCUUCCGAAAGCAAUUCUUAUACCUAAGGCAAGUGUUUCACCUACUCCAGUGGUAAGUGUUGCACCAAGGAGAAGUAUUACACCCAGUCAUUUGGCCAGUACAAGUGUAACACCCUCCCCUACCACGAGUGUUAACCAUACUACAAUAAAUAACUAUGAGCUUAUGCCUAAGUUAACGCCUAUAAUAUUUCCCAACAAGCCAAACACUUUGAUCGCAUCCAAACGUAUAGCUACCGAUGAAAACUCAUUCAGUGCUAAGCGAUCAAAAAAACUUUUGACUAUUGACAUGAAUGAGAAAACUCUAAUGUCGGCUAUAUGGGGUCUUUUAACUGAAGAUGGUGUUUCGCCCACACUAUUUGGUUCGAAAAACAUGCAGGCUCUAAUACAGCCCAUUUGUCAAGCCCUACUCGAACAGGAGGGUAAAGAAAUUAAGAUAGAUGAAGCUGAAAGUGAAAAACUUGUAUGUUUAGUUGCCAAUCAUGUACGCAAUAGGUUUUCCAAUGAAUUUGAAUCUCGUUUGCUAUCUUUAAAAAUUGAUAUGGAUCUCAAUGGGCCGGAAAAUACUUUUUGUGUCAGUACCUCGUUUGUGGAUUGUGGUCAGUUACAAACACGCCUACUGGGCAUAAUAGAUCUUAAGGAUGAUUCACAUUUAAAUGAACAGCAUAUUAAGCAAGUUUUACAUAAAUUUAAUAUUGACUCAAAUCAAGUUAUAAGCAUUUGUUGGGACAAUUCCAAAGCCAAUUAUAAUAAGCUGGUGAAAAAUUCUGAAUAUUUGAAGGAAAUAGCUGAGUUUGAGCAAUAUCCAGAUGUACAAUUUUGCGAUAUUAAGCUUGAGCCUUAUGUUGGAGAUAUAGCCCAACUGUGUAUGUUGGAUAUUUUAAAAAACUCCUCUAUAUUGGAAAAGUUUUUGGAGUGUCGCAAUUUCGUUAAGUAUCUUAACAACACAGCAAAUGGAUGUUAUGAGAUUUUUGAAGAAAAUGAUUUAAAAAUACCUGAAUUGGAUUCUCCCUGGAAAUGGGGUUCUACUUACGAAAUGAUAAAUAAUUUACACCUAGCCCGUAAUGUUCUAUGCCAGUUAAAAUAUCCAAAAUUUGAACAUCCCGAAGAUCAGUUUAAUGUGAACGAUCAAUUGUGGCUUUUUAUAAAGGGCUUCUGUGAAUCGUUGCACUUAAUGCAAAAAUCUAUAAUUAAAUUUAACACUGUGGACAUGCACUUUGGCGACUUCUAUGCUCAAUGGUUGAAGACCAAACUGUUGACCGCAAAUCUAGCAUCGGCCAAUGGUAACUUUGAAAAUGCUUACACAACAGCUCUUUCAACACAACUGUUGAACAUUAUUGAGGCAAGAACGAAAGAACUCUUGGAUAAAGAUUGUUUCGAUGCUUGCUUGUAUUUGGAUCCACGUUUUCAUCACACCUUAGGUGAUGAAAAGAAAGCAAAAGCAUUGAACUAUUUGAAAGAAAUAUGGAGUCGUUCUAAUGUCUAUAAAGUUGAUGUUAUAAAUGCUGCUAUGGAGGAUAACGUUGCGACCAAGGGAUUAAUUGACGACGAAGACGUCUUUCUCAAUGAAUUCUUAAGUCAUGAUGCACCAAAACAUGAUAUUAAAACUACUGAUAUUCACAAGGAAAUCGAGGGUCUGAAAUUGCCAUUUAAAUCAGUGGAUACGAAUAUUUUAGCCUAUUGGAAUAAGCUGAAAUUAAGGAAUCCUGAUAUGUAUGCCUUAAGUGCAAUUUGUUUUGCCAUACCAGCUACACAGAACUAUAAUGAACAACGUUAUGCACAUAUUUAUAAAACUCAAAAUAUUGAAAGUUUAUCAACAUUUACCAGAGAUAAUAUUAUAAGUAUUCGCUUAAAUCACCAUUUACUGAAAGGUACUCUUGAAAAAUUCGGAAUAUAUGAUGAAAUAAUAUCAUGCGAAGAUGAACAAUCGGAUGAUGUUCAAAUAGUCGAGUGUAAUGAAGAGUCCAACACAAGUUUUUAUUAGCAGUAAAAUAAAUACUAUUUCAAAAACCUAAUACAUACUAAUUCAAAACUACAUAAGAAUUUAAAAAUUGAAUUAAUUCACUUAUUUAACUAAACUUUAUUUUUAUUUACUUGUUUAUAAAAUGAGUUUAUAAAUAUUUUUUUAUGUUUCAAAUAAAUUUCAUUAUUUCUAUAA